AUGAGGAGGGGCUCGGAGGGCAGCGGGGAGGGCGAGGGGCUCUCCAGCCUGCGGGCCUUCGCCCACAGCUCCUCGCUGCACGGCAUCAGCCACGUCUUCGCCUACGGGGCCGUGUCCCUGCGCCGCGUGCUCUGGGGCGGCUUUUUCCUGGGCUCGCUGGGGCUGCUGCUGCUCGUGUGCGCCGAGCGCGUCGCCUACUUCCUCACCUACCCGCACGUCACCAAGCUGGACGAGGUGGCUGCCCGCAACCUCACCUUCCCGGCCAUCACCAUCUGCAACCUCAACGAGUUCCGCUUCUCCAAAAUCACCCGCAACGACAUGUACCACGUGGGCGAGCUGCUGGCGCUGCUCAACGAGCGCUACGAGAUCAGCAACCCGCAGCUGGCUGAGCCCCACGUCCUGGACGCGCUGCGCGACAAGGCCAACUUCAAGAACUUCAAGGCGAAGCCCUUCAGCAUGGCCGAGUUCUACAACCGCACGGGCCACGACCUGGCUGACAUGCUGCUGCAGUGCUCCUUCCGUGGCACCGGCUGCACUGCCCGCAACUUCACCGUGAUUUUCACACGCCUGGGGAAGUGCUACACGUUCAACCCCGGGGGGCCAGGGCGCGAGGUGCUGACCACGCUGCAGGGCGGCUCCGGCAACGGCCUCGAGCUCAUGCUCAAUGUGCAGCAGGAGGAGUACCUGCCCGUCUGGGGGGACACAGAUGAGACCUCGUUUGAGGUGGGGGUGAAGGUGCAGAUCCACAGCCAGGACGAGCCGCCCUUCAUUGACCAGCUGGGCUUCGGCGUCGCCCCUGGCUUCCAGACCUUCGUGUCCUGCCAGCAGCAGCGGCCUGACGGCGUGCCGCCUGGACUGCGAGACGCGCUACCUGGCCGAGAACUGCAACUGCCGCAUGGUGCACAUGCCGGGCAAUGCCAACGUCUGCACCCCCGAGCAGUACAAGGAGUGCGCCGACCCCGCGCUGGGUACGUACCCCGGGCCCCCAGUGGCCGGACACCCCUGGCCUGUCCCUGGAACCCCUCAGCCUCCCCGUGUCCCCAUUUCUGUGACGUGGCUCUGGUGUCCCUGUGCCCUCGCUGGGGUGGGGGUCACUACUGUCACUGCUGUCCCCAGACGCGCAGGGCCGUGCCCCCUCCCUGUGCCACACCUGUCCCGGGUGGGACCCACCACCACCACCCAGCUCUGUCCCCGGGGCAUCCCGCCUCCCCCCGUGGCUGGGGUGCUGGGGGUCCCGGUCCCACCCACGCCCCCCCAGACUUCCUGGUGACGAAGGACAGCGAGUACUGCGCGUGCCGCACGCCCUGCGCCAUGGUGCGCUACGGCAAGGAGCUCUCCAUGGUCAAGAUCCCCAGCAAGGCCUCGGCCAAGUACCUGGCCAAGAAGUUCAACAAGACGGAGCAGUACAUUGCGUGAGUG